AUGUGUAUGAACUAUAAAAGAAACCUCUUAAGAUCAACCGAAAAAGAGGGUUUCGAGUCCAAAGACUCCAAAAUAAAAGCAGUUAGUUCUUUUGAAGGACCACUUUGGUUAGCAAAUGAAAAUGUAUACAUCGAUCCAAAAGAUAAGAGUGAAGUGGAGUUUCCAUCGAUUAAAGAUAAAGACAGUCUCUAUCUAUCAUUGAUUGUACCUGCUUACAACGAGCAAGACAGAUUACCAACGAUGUUGGACGAAACACUCAGAUAUCUCAAACAGAAAUCAAAGAAAGAUCUCAAAUUCUCAUAUGAAAUCAUCAUCGUCGACGAUGGAAGCAAAGACAAGACAUCUGAGAUCGUCAGUACAUACAUCCAACGUGAAUCAGUCGAUAAGAUCAGAUUGUUAAAGUUGAAAAAGAACAGAGGAAAAGGUGGUGCAAUUAAAAGAGGUAUGCUUUGUGCAAGAGGUAAAUAUUGUUUGAUGGUCGAUGCAGAUGGUGCUACCGAUAUCAAUGAUUUCGAUCGUGUAGAGGAUACAAUGAAGCAGAUCGAGAAGAAAGGACAAGCUAUUGUUUGUGGAUCACGUUCACAUUUGAUCGAUAGCGAUGUCGUUGCCAAGCGUUCGGCUCUCCGUAAUAUCUUGAUGUAUGGAUUUCAUUUGUUUGUAGAGACACUCUGUGUCAAGGGUAUCAAGGAUACUCAGUGUGGAUUCAAGCUGUUCUCACGUGACACUGUCAAGGUGGUCUUUAGCAACUUGCACAUCGAGAGAUGGGCAUUCGACGUAGAACUCCUCUUUAUUGCACAGCAACUCAACAUUCCAAUCUCAGAGGUAGCCGUCAACUGGACUGAAAUCGAUGGAUCCAAACUAGACCCAUUCUCAAGUUCCAUUCAAAUGGCAAAAGAUAUUCUUAGAAUUAGAUUACGUUAUCUCUUUAGAAUUUGGACAUUAAAGAAAUAA